AUGGCGUCCGAGGGUUCAUCUCGCCCUGGAGGUUCGAAACGCCGACUCCUAAUCCCCGAGAAACGAAAACUCCUCCCCCCAAGACCAAAGAAAGUCAUCAGCCAGACCAACGAACCGGGGAUCGUCUUCAAGAACCCUCGACCCAAAGAAACUGCACACAGCGAUGAAAGCGAGGAUAAUGAUGAAGAUGCAUCCGACAAGCCCACACGUAUCGAGUUCGAUUUCGCCUCAACCUCUCGGCCCUUUCUCGAUCCCUCCACGUGGGAAGCAAUGCUGAAGAAAUCGCGCGAGGAGAGUGCGAUGCGCGGGGGAGACACGGACCCUGCGGACACCGUUGAGACGCCGGAGGAGCAAGCAAGACGCGAGAAAGAAUCGGAGUACGGAUCGAUGGCGAUUCGAGGCCGGUCGAGUAUCUCUGGUCGAGGAAGGCGAGGCAGAGGUACUGACAAGGGGCAUUGGGCAGGACGGCAUUAG